CCUCUCGCUGUGUGUGUGUGUGGGGGGGGGGGGGUGUGAAAACUGCACAGAACUAAAUCCACAGAAAUGAAUGCAUAGAAAACUUACAAAAUUUGAAUAUAGCUAUGAUUUGCGUCAGUGUCAGUUUCCUGAGUGUGAUCUUGUACUGUAGUUUCCAGUGAACACGGCUCUACUUGGUCACCUCCCCCUGCUUUUCUCCAGCAGGUGUGAGCAGAUGGCACGGGCUGCACUCCCAGGGCAGCUGCCCCAGUCGGCCUCACCACGGCUACCCCUCCGCUGUUACACACCAGUGAGGUCUGUUCCCUCACUGUGAUUGGAGGGACAGGUGAAGCACAGGGCCACUUGCCCGCCAGCCCAAGGCUCACAAGUGCUGGGAAACUUGAAAAGGUGAAGUCGGAGCGACAGGCGGAGACAAGCUAAGGAAGGUCAAGAGGGGCAGGAGUCCAGUGUGGACGUCCACUGGCCGCGAUUCCUGGAAAGACCUUGCUUCCAGAAGGUUUUGCCCACUUCCUCUGCGUGGGUACAUGAGACCGAAUGUACUUUUGGGGUCACGAGAAGCGAGGAGAGUAGGGGGGAGAAAUGCAGUCCUCCGCAGGUGACAGCCCGGGUCUCUGCUCUGAGCGGCCCGCGGUGCUCCAGGGACUUGGGGCGGCGGCACGGGCAUCAGCCGGGGCUUUUUCUAGAGGAGGGGGUGGGGAUGCUGAGUCACAGAUCUCUCCUGCUUCUCACCUCUCCCCAGCCCUCCGGGGGCUAAAGCAAAAGCGAAAGCGAAUGCUACGCUAGGCGGCUAGUCCAGGGAGCUUCGCCGGUCACCUCCUCAGGGACCGUCGGGCUUUUGCACACGCUCGAGGCAAGGCGUCCCCGCCAGUGCGAGGAGAUGGUGGUCGAGGGUAAAGCCAUGGCCCGCCUGCGGAUCCGGGACUGCUGGCUCAGCGACCUCCCCACGCUGCUGCUGCUGCUGGUGCUGCUCCGGCCGCCGGCGACGCUGGGUGCCACAUGCUCUACCCCCACGUAUGUUGAACAUGCAAACAUCCAAGUCAAGAGUUACAAUGAGAACUCCAGGGAGCGGUAUACUUGUAACUUUGGUUUCAAGCGUAAAGCUGGGACGUCCAGCCUGACUAAGUGCCUGCGUAAUGAAGAUACAAACAUUACCCAGUGGACAAUUCCCAGUCUCAAGUGCAUCAGAGACCCCUCCCUAACUCGCCCGAGGCCACACUCCACAGUAGCACCGACAGGGGUGACCCCAGAGCCAGACAGCCCCUCCCCUUCUGGAAAAGAGCCAGCUUUCACUUUCAAGUCAGACACCACAACGGCCACAAAGCCAGGUACUACACCCCACUCCAGGCUGAUGACACCAAAUCCUCCUUCUGCAGAAACCACAGAGGUCACUGGGAAUGAGCCCUCCCAAGACCAAUCUCAAACAACAGCAAAGGCCUUGGAACACACUGUCUCUGCCUCUCUGGAGAAGCCAGGUGCACAUGCAUACAAUUCCACAGCCGUCUCUGUAUCCAUACCUGUCCUUGUGAUUUGUGGAGUGUGUGUGGCAUUUCUUCUAGUACGUUACUGCAAAAAAUCAAGGCAAAAUUCCUGGACACCCAGCGUUCAGAUGGAAAAUAUGGAAGAUAGACCAAUGACUGGGGGAACCGACGGCAGAGAGGAGGACACAGAAAACCACCACAUAGCCUAGGAAACUCCAGGGGCCAGCGGGACCAGCAAGGGCUUGAGUGAAGGCACCAGUUUUGCUCUGGCCAGAGGGAACCUAGAAAAGACUCAAGAGGUUGGGUGCCAAGGAAAGCUGCUGGGAUGCUAAAAUGACCGGGCAUUAUUUUAUCAACUGUGCCUACCCUAGACACUGCCUGGAUGAGUAGGUUCUCCAGGCUUAGCACAAAAACCACAUGCCAGGCCCUGCUUCAGAUAUAGGGCCGAGUUACCAAAGUCCCAGCUUGAAGGCCUCAGGUCUUCCUAUCAGGGCUUUUAUUCAUUAUGAUAUUUACUCAGGAUAGCUUAUCAGCUUCACUAUUUCUUCUGUCCCUCCUCUUGGCUUGCACUUUACAAAGAAAAGAAAUAUACCUGAGGCUCUAAGUGAACUUAGUAGGCUCCUCUGGCAGGGAAAAGUCUAUAAGGAUGGCAUCAGGUUUUCAGCUCCUAAAACUUUCUCCAGUUAGGUGCUCUGCAUUUACUGAAAGGGAGGAAAGAGAUAUUGUGCCCAGUGAAUCCUCCUGAUUUAAGGAUUCAGGAAGAAAACUGAACUCAGUGACAUUUUCUGUAUAUAUACAUUUAUAUUUAUAUUCCCUUAUCUAUUAUAUCUACAUAUUAUGUGACCUCUAUUUUGAAAUUGUACCUUGUAUAAACAAAAUAAAAUGUCUAUUUUCAAUUAAAAAUGUAGUAAAAGAAUCACUGAAAGAAAUGUACACACACACAUAAAACAAAACAAAAAAACAAGAGGAUAAAGAACAGGAAUAUUGAAUCCCAGAUGGUUGAGCUCAGCUUCUAUAAAAGGAGAAAUUCUUAGCCCUGGCUGGCAUAGCUCAGUGGAUU